UAAACUUUCCCGUCGCUGCGCUGGCUCCGUGCGCGGACCCGGCACCCGCCGCGCUCCCGCAUUCCUGCCGCCCCCCGCCCGGCCCCCGGCCCGGCCCCGGCGCCCCCGGCCCAGCCCCUCCGGAGCACGGAGCAGCAGGUUGUCGCGUGUCCGUGGGGGCUCAGGGUCGGAGCCCAGAGCAGCCAGCACCAUAGCGUCCAACAGCUGGAACGCCAGCGGCAGCCCCGGGGAGGGGCGGGAAGAUGGCCAGGACGGCAUGGACAAGAGUCUGGACAAUGAUGCCGAGGGCGUGUGGAGUCCGGACAUCGAGCAGAGCUUCCAGGAGGCGUUGGCGAUCUACCCCCCCUGCGGCCGGCGGAAAAUCAUCCUCUCGGAUGAGGGCAAGAUGUACGGUCGUAAUGAACUGAUAGCCCGGUACAUCAAGCUGCGGACGGGGAAGACACGGACGAGGAAGCAGGUCUCUAGCCACUUGCAGGUUCUUGCCCGACGGAAAUCUCGGGAGAUUCAGUCCAAGCUGAAGGCCAUGAACUUGGACCAGGUCUCGAAGGAUAAGGCUCUGCAGAGCAUGGCUUCCAUGUCCUCCGCGCAGAUCGUGUCAGCCAGCGUCCUGCAGAACAAGCUCAGCCCCCCCCCUCCUCUUCCUCAGGCCGUCUUCUCUGCUGCCCCGCAGUUUUGGAGUGGGCCUAUCCCAGGACAGCCUGGACCCUCUCAGGACAUUAAACCGUUUGCACAACCAGCUUACCCCAUCCAGCCACCCAUGCCUCCAUCACUAGCCAGUUAUGAGCCCUUGGCUCCGCUCCCACCAGCCGCCUCGGCCGUGCCCGUCUGGCAGGACCGCACCAUCGCCUCUGCCAAGCUCCGGCUCCUCGAGUACUCCGCCUUCAUGGAGGUGCCACGGGAUGCUGAAACGUACAGCAAACACCUCUUCGUGCACAUCGGCCAGACGAACCCCUCGUACAGCGAUCCGCUGCUGGAGGCCGUGGACAUCCGCCAGAUCUAUGACAAGUUCCCUGAGAAGAAAGGUGGCCUCAAGGAGCUCUAUGAGCGUGGGCCCCAGAACUCCUUCUUCCUCGUCAAAUUUUGGUACGAUGCGGAUCUAAACAGCACGAUCCAGGAUGGGCCGGGGACUUUCUAUGGUGUCAGCAGCCAGUACAGCAGUGCAGAGAACAUGACCAUCACGGUCUCCACCAAGGUGUGCUCCUUUGGGAAGCAGGUCGUGGAGAAGGUGGAGACGGAGUACGCGCGGCUGGAGAACGGCCGGUUCGUCUACCGCAUCCACCGGUCUCCCAUGUGCGAGUACAUGAUCAACUUCAUCCAACUCAAGCACCUCCCAGAGAAGUACAUGAUGAACAGCGUCCUGGAGAAUUUCACCAUCCUGCAGGUUGUUACGAACAGGGAUACCCAGGAAACCUUGCUCUGCAUAGCCUUCGUUUUUGAGGUCUCCACCAGCGAGCACGGCGCCCAGCACCAUGUGUACAAGUUGGUCAAGGACUAGGGGCCCCUCGGGGACGGGCAGGGGCACGAGGGGUGCGCAGGGGAGGGAGAGGGCCGUGCAGAAGAGCCGCCUGUGCCCGUUGCCUCAUGAGAAGUCAUUUGAAGAGAGGAGGAGGAGGAGGAAGGAAACCAAUAGCCAAAAAAGACUGACUUGUGAUCGCAGAUGUUUUCUACUUAGGAACAGUUUCUUUUUUUUUUUUUUUUUAAAUAAAUAAAUAAAAAAAAAAAAAAAGAAGAAUGGGAAAGGAAGCGUAGGGAGAAAGGAAACCUGCGUCCGGCGCUGGAUGGGGAGAGACCGGCCCUCGGUGUCGCCGAUGAAGGCCGGGAGCCUGCUGUGCCACUGCCAGCAGCGGGAUGUCGGAGCGGAGGACGACCCCUCCUUUUGCCCCCUGCCCGGCUCAGGAGCGGUCCCGGCGCUGAGCAGAGAAGAGCGAGCACGGACGGGCUGGAGGCCGUGGCGUCACGCCAGGUCUGAUCCGAAACCGGUGGGCAUGGCAGUGGCCGCGGCGUCGGUGCUGCCUGGCAGAGCCCGGGUGGCAGCGGGGACAUGGGGACGGACGUGCCGAGGUGGUGGCAGGUAGGAGCAGGGCAGGGCAGGGCGGUGGAGGGGGAUGCUGCUGCCUCCCCAGGGACCAGCACCCGGGAUGCUCGGUCUCUGUGCCCAGCUGGGGGCACUGGGAGCUGGCAGUGCUGAAGGUGGGAGGGCAUCGACGAUGCAAACCGUUUUUUUUAUGGCUCAUUUUAUUUUUUCCUUUUUUUUUUUUUAAAUUAAAGUGCUUUUUAAUACUUUUUAAAGAGACACCAUGCUUGUAAUCAGGAUUAGGACCCUCUGCCGUGUCCAGGACCGGCUCCCCUGCCACCCACCCGUGCUGGUGACUGGAGGAGAGGAUGCAGCUGAGUUUGCGGGGUCGGAGCCGUGCAGGAAAAGCCGGGCACGGGGAGCUGGCUUGUGUAGGGAAGUCUUGGGGAUGUCUCCACCUCUGGAAUGGCUGCAGACCAGAGGCUGGUUUGUACGUGGCAGUGGGAUCCCUGAGCUGUGCGGGUGCUUUCAGGGAUUGCACUUGGGGGGGUUUAGCCCAGGCUAAACGCACCCCCCCCCCCCCCCUCGUGCUCGCUUGCUGAGGAGGAAUGAGGAGAGAGCCGUGAGGGCAGAUUUGCCUGAUUUACUUUGCAUAUGUACAUUUGCCAUCUUUUUUUUUUUUUUUUCCCCUCACCUUUUUUGCCUUUUUUCUGUGUUGCCUGUUCUGGUUUUAGCUGCUCCCUGCAGCCGCUCCAAACAGCUCACCUGCAUCCCGCGGGAAGCAGCUGGAGAGGCGGCUCAUGCAGGGAGAAGCACCUUGUGCAAUGCAGGGCCAGGCUGUGAGUGGGCAGAGUUUGGGACAGGGAGGACAGAGAGGGGACAGAGGACAGGAGGGACGCCAGGACGGGGAACUGGGUCUGCCUGGAGAUAUUUUUGUGGCUGCAGCCCAAAACGAGCCAAGGCAGCAUGCCCAGGCUGCGGCUGCAAGGGGAGAGCAUCCCCAGGGUGCAGGAGGGACGCAGAGGGACAGAGGUCUGGUGUUGCAGCGGUGGCACGGAGCAGGGUGGCAGGGGGCUGGCAGGGUGACGGGGAGCCUGAGAUGGGCAGCACUGGCCGGGGUUUCUCAUGCUAGCAGGGUAGCAGAGGCAGGGUGCCAGGGGAGGGCAGGGUGGUUUGAGGGGUGCUGGAGCCUGGGACAGGGGGGCAAGGCGGGGGGUUUGGGAUCAAUGCUGCCUGGUGCAGAGCAGGAACAGCCCCAGAGCUCAGGAAAGGGCCUUGGCUGCCGUCACGGUGGCACGUGUCCCACGAGGUGUGGGGACUUCAACCUCUUGCUGCUGGGAGAAGCCACCCAUCCCUGUGCCUGGGCAGGGACUGGGUGCUGGGUGGAGGCAGCAAGCAGGGGCAGCUGGAGCAGGGGGGGAAAGAGGGAAAAACCCAGGGAAAGGCGCCAGCAUCCCAUCCCAGGGCUGUGCCGGGGCUACCCGGCUGACUUCUCAUAUGUAGCAUGGGGUUUUUUUGUUGUUGUUCCAUGGUUCUUUUGCUUUCUUCCAUUUCACUCACUGAUUGAAAACUCUGGGAAUGAAAACUCCAAACUUCCCUGCCAUAAAACACAGGCGUGCCCUGCUCCCCGGCCCCGCCGGGGGACGACGCUCUUUGUUAAACUGGACCGGUUUGUGCCUCCAGCAUCCCUCCCUGCAUCCCUCCUGCAUCCAGCCCCCGGGGCGCCCACUCCCGCACCCCGCGCACACACUGCCUGGUGCCCCCACAGCCCUGGCCGGGGUUUAGCCACGAUCCCAGAGACACUUUCUCAACCCCAACCCCUCCAUUCUCCUCCAGUGUAUUUAUGAAUUUCACAUGAAGUACUGUUUUAUUUUUUUAAAGACUUUGUAAAGCUUACCAGGGUUACAAUCACCAUUUUUAGAGCUGUGUCAGUCCACAAUGUUAAAAAUCCAUUUUUUUAUGUAUUAUAUUUUUUGUGUAUUUUUUUUUAAUCCAGCUGUGAUGGGUUGUAUCAUAUAUUUGUUGUGUUUACUGUAUCUGUCCAACUUCAAAGAGAGGAGACUGUGGAGCUCCGAGAAAACUACGGUCUGCUGAAAAAAAAACAACCAAAAAAACAUUAAAAUUAUUUGUUCAUGGGUUGGCUCAA